ACAUGCUGCUGCUGUGCAUUCUCUACUUCAGGAAUCUUCUAAAGAAUCACCAUUUAUAUCAUUCUCCCCUGUCCACAAGGCAUACUGUAUGAAGGUUUAAAAAAAAAAAAACAUUUCACCAUGAAUGUGAUUGCAUCAUGGCCACAGAACAUUUCUCUCCCGUCAGCGUCAGCAGCAGCAGCAGCGGCAGCGGCAGCAGUUGUCCGAUGACCACUCAGGAGGAGCUGUGCGCUUUCAACCCCAUAGUGUCCACCUGUCAGCAGAUGGCUCACUCACAGUUUGAGAAGACAAGUGUUGGGGAGGGGUCUGAUCCCUUCUCGCAGAGGAAAAGUAUCUCCUACAGACAGAAGAGCGCAGUUGUGGAGAAGCUGCGCAGACACAGUACAGACGGGUGCUACGCUAGGCCGGAGCCCGGCCCUGACGAGGAGGGUCGUUUCCACCCUUACUGCAGACAGUACAGCGCUGGGACUGGCAGCGGUCCUCACAUUUUAGACUGCUUCCAAACAGUAGAGCUGCCACACAUGUUCAGUGCCACACCUACUGAUGCUGACGACGUGGAAAAGCAGAGCUCCUGGGCUUCUUACAGUCCCACCACUCAAGCCUCUAUGUUCAUGGGUGCAGCGCAGAUGUACUCUGGCAUACAGACGGGCUCCGCUGAUCCACCAAGCUACCCCUCACAGAACAACAGUACUUACAGUAACCUCAGUUCCCUUCAACAGUUUGUGGCUUUGUGCAGGCUUUACAUAAGGCCUUACAUUCUCUCUCUCUCUCUCUCUCCCAAGUUUUCAGACGUGUGUCCAGCAGGGAGACUGGGAAGCAGCUCUCACUAUUCUUACCAUGGCCUUUCCACAAAUGCAGCUCAGGAAAGUUCUACACAGCCACUGUACCCCAAGCCAAUCUACUCCUACAGCAUUCUCAUCUUUAUGGCCCUGAGAAACAGCAAGACGGGGAGUUUGCCAGUGAGCGAGAUCUACAGCUUCAUGACCGAACACUUUCCCUAUUUUAAGACUGCCCCAGAUGGCUGGAAGAACUCUGUUCGCCACAAUCUCUCUCUGAACAAGUGCUUUGAGAAAGUGGAGAACAAGAAUGGCAGCUCCUCUCGGAAAGGCUGCCUGUGGGCCCUUAACCCGACUAAGGUGGAGAAAAUGCAGGAGGAACUCCACAAAUGGCGCCGCAAAGAUCCCCUGACAGUGCGGAAAAGCAUGGCUAAACCAGAGGAGCUGGAUCGUCUCCUGGGGGAGAAGCCAGAGAGGUUUAAGUCCCUGUCAUCCCACCUCAGCCUGUCCAAUGCACAUUCUCAGCUGCCAAGAACAGAUGUGGUACCCUCCUACAGCCAGUCCCAAUCACUGGGGCUAAGUCACUCCCUCCAACAGCCUCUUUACAACCACGUUCCCUCACUGACUGUUGACCCACAGCCCCACUGCAUGCCCCCCAACCCACAGUCAUUCUCUUUCUAUUCACCUGCAUCCCAGCAGCCCAGCACUGGGCUUCCUUCCAGAACUGGCUGUCUGGAUUCCCCUCUCCCGGCUAACACCCCUCCAACCUAUAGCUUUGCCAUGCAGGCAAGCCAUAAUGGUGCCAGGAGCAUGCAGGACCUGCUUCUGGAUGGUGACGUAAGCAGUGACAUCGACACCCUCAACCCGAGCCUUACCGACCUGCAGCUACAUGGGAAUCUGUGGGAGGAACUAAGAGAUGACAGUCUGGCCCCAGAAUCUUUACCAGUGAUUGAUGCACCGCCCUCCUCACUCCAGUCCAGCCCCAUUACAAGGGGCCGUGGGUCAGCUGGAGGAGAUGCAUGCACUGCUGGGAAAGAGGAGGGAGAACAGAGCGGAGGAUCUGCCCGGCAUGUAGCUGAACUCUACUCAUCCCCUUACAACAGCGCGAAUGAUACGGCUGGUGCUCUCCCAGUCUCAGGAUAUAUUGAAGUCCCUCUGUUGUGAGUUUCAUGGUAGCUAUCCCAUCUUAUAAAGUAAGCCAAGGUCAAAUAGAUAUUUUUUGCUCCCUUUAAAUGCUUGGGAAUAUUAACUGGUUAAUGUUGUCUGGUUAAAAUCCUAAACAAAAAGUGUA